GAAGGCGGGUAUGUCGAGGGCGCCGACAGCCAGCACCGCUGGAUUGUUGAUCCUUUGGACGGGACAACAAACUUCUUGCACGGCAUUCCAUUGUUUGCGGUUUCUAUCGGCCUUGAACGUCAGGGCCAACUCGUUGCCGGCGUGAUCUACAACCCGGCAAUGGACGAAUUGUACACUACCGAAAAGGGUGGCGGUGCCUUCAUGAACGACCGCCGUUUGCGCGUUGCUGGUCGCACCAAACUGACCGACUCAGUCAUUUGUUCAGGCACUCCGCAUUUGGGUCGCGGCCACCACGGACGCUAUCUGGUACAACUGAAGAAUGUCAUGGGCGAAGUGUCCGGAAUCCGGCGGACCGGCUCUGCGGCCCUGGAUCUUGCUUUUGUCGCGGCUGGCCGGUUUGACGGCUUCUGGGAAGAAGGGCUGAGUGCGUGGGAUGUAGCGGCUGGCAUCAUAAUGAUCCGUGAAGCCGGUGGCUUUUCGUCCGACAUCAAGGGUGCGCAAAACCAGCUCGAAGGCAGUUCCAUCGUUGCCGGCAAUGAACACAUUCACAAGCAAUUGCUUGCCACACUUGCCAAACCGGCCUGA